AUGGCGUGCUGCCUGCGGUUGCGGCCUCCAAUCGGCCAACGUUUCGAUCUCGUUUCAAUUAAUUCCAAGAAGAACAUUAAAAUUGCGAAGCUUAGCAUUCGCAAUUGUGCUGCAAACCCAGAAAACACCGACAAGCUAGUGGUUGAAGUCAAAGAGAGGCUAGAAAAGGAACACAAAUAUCUCCCUGUGGGCAAAAAUGGAAGAGAUGAUGAAGAGUUGAUCCUGUGGUUUCUGAAAGACCGGAAAUUUUACGCCGAAGAGGCUAUCUCCAAAUUGGCUAAAGCCAUUAGAUGGCGUCACGAAUUUGGUGUGUCAGAAUUGUCAGAAGAAUCAGUCCAACAUGUAGCUAAAACAGGAAAAUCCUAUGUGCAUGACUGUCUUGAUAUAUAUAACAGGCCAGUGCUAAUAGUGGAAGCAUCCAAGCAUUUCCCUGAGGAGCAUGAACAUCGUGAAGAUGAGAGGCUCUGUGUUUUUCUGAUUGAGAAGGCACUGAGAAAACUACCAGAUGGGAAAGAGGAAAUACUGGGAAUAUUUGAUCUGCGGGGAUUUGGGAUGCAAAAUGCAGAUAUUAAAUUCCUAACUUUCCUGUUUGAUGUGUUUUACUACUACUAUCCAAGGCGAUUGGGUGAAGUCCUUUUUGUGGAAGCUCCUUUUGUAUUCAAGCCAGUUUGGCAGCUGGCAAAGCCGCUCCUAAAAUCAUAUGCCUCAUUGGUGAGAUUUUGCUCAGUAAAGACUAUACCACGCCCUCUCUGGAUGCGUAAAAUGGUGUUUGGAUGA